AUGUCCCAAAGCUUCCCAGAGCCUCCCAACCGCAAUAAUCGUGGUGAGGCCACAAAGGUUGCAAAGUGUUUGCGACAGGUGUUAGAUUGUGGCGGAAUGAGCGAUGUUCAGUUCGCGGUGGGACGCCAGUAUGGCGCAGUGAGGAUCUUUCCAGCUCACAGAGUCAUCAUGGUUGCCCGUAGCGACGUGUUCCACACCAUGUUCUAUGGAAGCCUGCCAGAGAACUGCGCGAAUCCCGUUAGUAUUCCCGAUAUUCUUCCUGACGCCUUCGCUAAUAUGCUCAGCUAUAUCUACGCGGAUACCGUGGCGAACCUCACCGAGGACAAUGUGUUUGAGACACUGAACUGCGCCGAUAAAAAUGCCUUACCGUCGUUGGUUCGGAAAUGCACCCGCUUUAUCCUAAACAAGCUCAACAGGGACACCUGUCAAGAAAUACUGGACAAGGCCGUUAGUUAUAAAUAUACCCCACCCAUAGUGGAGGAUGCCGACUACAAUAUCAUGGAGAUGUGUCUUCGUUUGAUUGAUGCAUCCGCGGAAGGCGUCUGGCAGUCGGAUCAGUUCACAGCCAUCGGACAAGAGGCGUUGCAGAUUAUCCUUCCACGAGAGUCGCUGGCCGCCGAUGAAGUGACCAUCUAUUCGUCGGUUGAAAAACUGCUGCUUCCAUCGGAGCUAUUGGACAUCUUCCGCUACAAGCACGCCGAUGUCAAAUCGGAGCUGCCGUUCCGCACGGAGGCCCGAAAAAAUGAGUCGCGAACCGAGGGCCUCAUCAAUUUUACGGUGCCAGAUGUCAGAAAGCUGGAGGAAGGCGAAACGUUGAGCGAUCCAGUCGUAAUUCGGAAGAUGCCUUGGAAAAUCAGUGAUGUUCAGUUCGCGGUGGGACGUGAUUAUGGCAUAGCAAAAAUCUUUCCAGCGCACAGAUUGGUCCUUAGUGUUCGCAGCGUUGUUUUCGAAACCAUGUUCUACGGAAGUCUCCCGGAUAAAUGUACGGGUCCCAUCGACAUCCCGGACAUUCUUCCGGACGCCUUCGCCAACAUGCUGAGCUUCCUCUACACCGAUAAGGUGACGAAUUUCACUCAGGACAACGUCUUCGACACGUUAAAAUGCGCUGACAAGUACGAUUUACCGUUGCUGGUGACCAUGUGCACGGACUUCGUCCUGGACACGAUCGACGUUCACAACUGCUUGGAUAGUCUGGACAGCGCUCUGCACUUUGGAGAGGCCGCGCCGAGCAUCCUGGAGAAGUGUUUGUGUUUGAUUGAUGAAUCAGUAAUUAUCUGGCGGUCGGAAAAGUUCCGCACGAUCGGGGAGAAAGCUUUACGAGCCAUUCUGCAACGGGAUACUUUGACAGCCAACGAACAUAGCAUCUGUUCGUCUGUUAACGAGUGGUCUGCAAACAUGUGCGCGCAGAGGAACAUGGACGCUACCCCCGCCAAUCGACGUGAAGUAUUGGGCCAGGCGCUGUAUCUCAUUCGAUUUCCGCUCAUGACCGAAGCUCAGCUGUUAGAUGGUCCCGUUAAGAGUGGUCUGUUGCUACAGUCGGAGGCACUGGACAUAUAUCUCCAUAAACAUGCCACUACCAAGCCGGAGCUCUUGUUCCGAACGGAUCCCCGACAAAAUGUACGCGCUGAGGGUGUUAUUCAUUAUACUAUUCCGGAUUUGAGGGAACUACGAGACCAGCAUGCGACCAGCGAUUUUAUAACAGUGAGAAAGCUGCUUUGGGGUAUCGGCGUUGCACAAAAAAUGCACGGUGCUCUGGGCUUCUACCUACUAUGUACUGGAUAUUAUGCGAGGUUGGAUUCCUGGACGUGCCAUGUUAAUGCAGAGUUGCGACUGCUGCCUUGGAAAACGGAAACUGAGCCAAUUACGAAACCAUUGUCGCGGCUGUUUGACAAGAAAUCAUUGGCCUGGGGAUACAGGAAAUUUAUCUCUAUGGAGGAAUUACUGGAUCCGGAUAACGGCUACGUCAAUCCUAGUGACUUCUCCUUGAGACUGGAGAUCAAAGUGACUGCUGACCUUCCUACUGGAAUCGAAUGA